CGCGCGGAUGCUCGUACAAUAUGUCAGCUCAACUAAGACCCGUGCAGGCGGAAUUAAUAGGAAAAAUCGCAAAGGAAAACGGCUUCGAUGAAUACAAGGUGGAAACGAGCUCGGGUUCCAUUAAAGGCGAUAAUUUCUUGGGAAUAGUGACGACAGUCUGCGUGAAAAACGACGAUAAAACACUCGAAUUGAUACUGAAAUCGGCUCACGAAAGCGAAACGUUCAGGAAAGCAGCGCCCCUUCGAGAAGCCUACUUAAGGGAAAUUUAUCUGUACGAAAAUGUCUUCAGUCAAUUUGAUAAAUACCAGAACGACUACAACGUCGAAGACCCGUUUAAAAGCUACGCGAAAUUGUACGGUUGUAAUAAGGACGACGGAAAUGAGUGCCUGGUGAUGGAAAACCUGAAAACCCAGGGCUACCAAUUGUGGAACAAACACAAUCCAAUGAAUCCCGGUCAUAUUUCGGCCGUGCUGAAGGAGUACGCGAAAUUUCAUGCCACUAAUAUUGCCAUGAAACACAACGAUCCCGACGCUUAUGAAAACCUCGUUUCGAGCAUAUCAAAAAACAUAUUUGAACUCGCCGAUGACGAGAAAACGAGUAGAGAGAAAUUACAAUUAUUCCUGAAAUCUACGUUCGAUAUUGGUUAUAAAACGGUCGAUGGGGAGCCAGAGCUCAUUGAUUACCUGAAAACACUGGAAAACGAUUUUCCCGCUUUAUUUUUCGACGAACUCAGUCAACCCGAGUACAAAACGACGCUAAUCCACGGCGAUUGUUGGUGCAAUAACGUUUUGUUUAAAUAUGAAGAUUCUGCGGACAAGACGAAGCCUUCUAAUGUGAAAAUUAUCGAUUGGCAAAUUUCCCACGUUACUUCGCCAGCUUACGAUUACUGUUACUUUUUCUUGGUACACAGUUCCAAAGAAAUUCUAGAGGAUUAUAGAAGUUACCUGAAAUUGUAUUACGAAGCGUUUUCGAAGCAUCUCAAAUGCUUUAAUUGCGACCCGGAGGAAGUCUUUUCUUAUUCGAGAUUCCUGAACCAUAUUGAGAAAUUCAUGAAAUUCGGCGUUUACACGUGUUUAAUGAUCUUGAAAGUGAUGCUUUGCGAUUCGGACGAAGCGCCGGAUUUCAGUCAAGCUAAAGAUGAAAUGGCGAUGUUCGAAUCAAUGAAUUUCGAAUUCAAAAAUUACGACGUUUACAGGAAAAGAAUAAAGGACUUGGUCACGUUUAUGAAAGAUACUAAAUUUACAGAAUAAAAUAUUUAUGCUAAAUAUAAAUAAAUCUUAUACUAUUUUUAAAGAACUUGUGAAAAAUUUGUGUCUAAGUAUAAACCUAAUAGAAAUUAUGUAAUUUAAUAAAAUAU